AUCAGAAUCAGACUCCUUUUCUGUCUGUGUGAUGUGUGUCUGAUUGUGCUGUAAUCCGUAAUUUUAGAAUUUAUCUUAAUAUUUCAAUUGUUUAUCUCUUCUGUUUCUGGUUGUAAUCAAUGAUAAUGUUUCUUAUCUGUACUUUUCAUUCAAUAAACUAAUUCUAAGCAGUAUUUUUCAUUGAAAAGAGGAAGACCGAUGGGCCUACUUGCAGUUCGACGUUGUUCCAUUUGCUGUCAAUAAUUCCAUCAAUUAGGAACUACAAAAAUGGCUGAUCGAAAAGCUGAACUCGAAAAGAAGAAAGCUAAGCUCCAAGCUAUAAGAGAGGAAAAAGAACGUCGAAGAAGAGAAAAAGAGCAGAAAGAUGCCGAAGAAGCAGCCCAGAGGACUGCCCCGGCAGACAAGGACACGAGAAAGGAGCUUGAUGAAAUGCUUUCAUCUCUUGGCGUAGCGCCUGUUGCUGAUGUUUUGUCAAGUUUGUCGAGUGUGACAUCCGCGGGAACACCAGAACAGAGCUCAACAGCCACUCCGGACACCAGUCUUCAGCCAAAUGCCUCCCCUGUAUUUGUUACCAGCCAAAGGAAAAAAGCUCCCCAGCUGAGUGUGGUCAGUGUACAGACAACGAGUAUACCACCCAAAGAAACUGUCGUCUACACGAAACAAACUCAAACUGCGCAUGCUCCACAUGAGCGAGAUGGAUCUGAUUCUUCUUCCCCACUGAAAGGAUACUACGAGGAUUGGUGGCGUCCGAGGAAAGCCCAAACUUUCGGCUAUUACGACGAGUACAAUCUAAAUCCGGGUUUAGAAUGGGAGGACGAGUUCACAGUGGACGAUGAGGAGAGCUCGCUGCCCUACCAGAACAAGCUGCCACCGGGAAUCCUGCCUUCCGGCCUGCCGCAGGUCAAGGAGAUCGAGCCGGCCCAGACCCAGGUGGAGCAGGAGGCGCCCAAGAAAGAGCCCAAGACAUUGCAAGAGCUGAGCGAAGACGAGAAGAUGAUGAUAGUGCUAUCGGAGGACUUCCAGAAGUUCAUCGACCGGUCUGGCCGCCUCAUGGAGCGCGCUCUGUCGGAGACGGCCGACAUCUACACCGAUUACACCGGUGCGGCCGACAACGAAGAUGGUGGAGAUGAGAAGAGUGGCAACCGGCUGUCCUUUAACCGCGUCUUCUUCGACGAAAGGUGGUCGAAGAACCGGUUCGUGACGUCACUGGAUUGGUCCCCACAGUACCCCGAACUGUUGGUUGCCAGCUAUCACAGCAACACCGAAUCGCCGCAUGACCCGGACGGUGUCUGCCUCGUGUGGAACACCAAGUUCAAGAAGACCACGCCCGAGUACAUCUUCCAUUGUCAGUCAGCUGUUAUGUCUGCCACCUUUGCUAGGUUUCACCCUAAUCUCAUCUUGGGAGGCACCUAUUCAGGGCAGAUUGUUCUCUGGGAUAACCGAGUGCAGAAAAGAACGCCAAUUCAGAGGACACCCCUAUCAGCUGCAGCUCAUACGCAUCCGGUGUAUUGCUUGAGCGUGGUGGGCACCCAGAACGCACACAAUCUGAUCAGCGUGUCGACCGACGGCCGCCUGUGCUCGUGGUCGCUGGAGAUGCUGUCGCAGCCUCAGGACACCCUGGAGCUGCAGCACCGGCAGAACAAGGCCAUCGCCGUCACCUGCCACGCCUUCCCCAACAACGAUGUCAACAACUUUGUGCUCGGAAGCGAGGAGGGCGCUGUCUAUUCUGCUUGCCGUCACGGAAGUAAGGCUGGUGUGACUGAAACGUACGAGGGUCACCAAGCGCCUGUCACUGGAAUUAACACACACAAAGUGUCGGGGCCCAUGGACUUCUCCCAUCUCUUCCUCACGUCAUCGUUCGACUGGACCAUCAAACUAUGGAAUCAAAAGGAAAACAAGCCGCUAUACUCGUUCGAGGACAACGGCGACUACGUAGCCGACGUGGCGUGGUCACCCAUCCACCCGGCGCUGUUUGCCGGCGUGGACGCGUCGGGACGCCUGGACCUGUGGAACCUGAACGCGGACACGGAGGUACCGACCGCCAGUGUUAUGGUGGAUGGCCAGCCCGCCCUCAACCGGGUCUCGUGGACCCCCAGCGGCACGCAUCUCACCACUGGCGACGAUAACGGCAAGAUUUGGGUCUACGAUGUCGGCGAGCAACUGGCUCUACCAAGACACGAUGAUUGGCAGAAGAUGAUGUGCACACUUCAAGAACUGAAAAACAAUCAAGCUGAUGAUGAAAUAGAUAAGCUCAACCUUGGUUCGGGACCAAGUAGUGUUAGCUCUAUCGUUUCUAGAUGAAACACUGAUGAGACUUUUUCAAUUGCCUAAAAUUAUAGAUAGCUUAUAUAUAACUUUUACUUAUAAUUUCAGAUUAAAAGCUAAUUAAACACUAUAGGGGAAAAUAUUGAGCGUUGUAUUCAGAAAAUUAUUGCUUAAACGUUAAAAAGCAUCAAUAAUUUUAUCUCUUGCUAUUUUGUUGGAUAAGUUGGAUAAAGAAUCCUUAAAAAGUAAGAACUCUGCAUCUCCUUGGUAUUAAUCCAGGAAAUUGUUCAAAUAUUAAUAUCAAUUCAGAAACUUAUCGGUAUGAACCUCUCAAGACGUUUAUAUCACAUCGUUCUAGCUUUAAUUCUGUGAAUUAUAUUGUUGAAUGUAAUCAUAAGAUUAACUGUUUUAUCGCUUGUUUUACUCAAGUUUUGUCUUCGCAUUGCUUAUUCAUAAUUUUGUCUCAUAGAUCUUAGAUUCAUAUAAUGAUUAAAUCAAUUGGCUAGAGCCUGAUUCAUUGUACCGUAUGUUGAUUGGAAAAAUAUAAUUAUUUAUAAUUAUUAUUGCACGAAAAUCCCAAUUUUUUUUAUUUUCGUUUAAUAAUAAUUAUUUAUCAAUUAGCAUUUGAAUAAAUGCAUCUUCCAAUUCAUUUCCAUCUAUAAUUAUUUAUGUUUCAAUCUUUGUAAUUGUAUUUGUAUUUAAAAAGCGAAUCAGUCAACUACAUAUUUAAAAUAUGAAUAGAAAUUUCUACUGAAACACUUCUAUAAAAAAUAUUUAAACAAUUUUACGGGCAUGUUUUUGAAUUGUUUCUUAUCCAAUUUAAGUAAAAUUUGUCAGAAUUUUAUAACUCGUUACUGUAACAAAUUUAUUCUUGAAGGAAUGUAGGAAAUUGUGGUUUAUAAUAGUGUACUAUGAUUUGUAAAAAAAUGUUAAACUAAUAUUUUAUAAAAAAUAUUUAUUCGAUCAAGUAACUAGGAAAUAAAAUAUUAUUAUUUAAUGAACUGUGUUUCUUUACUUGACAUAGGUUUCACUCCUUUCGCAUUUCGCUUGUGCUGACUUGACAAAAUUUCAUCCUCCAUAGAAUUUGUCAUCAUCGAUCUCUAAGGAUUCGUAAUUGUAACUGAAGGAUCACUUGGGUAAAACUAUGAUUUAGAUGACUACUAAUAAUUAUGUUACAAGUAAAAACAACCAGGAACUGCGAAUAAAACUAGUGAGAAAUUUGAUUUCAUUGAAUUGCUUUAUUGAGUAAGUGACGAUUAAGCUAGAGAGUCAGUGAAUGUUUUUGAUAAAUUUUCAUAAUAACUUUAUUGCAAAAUAAUCGACUUAUAAAUGUUUGACUCUUGAAAUAAUAAGACUAGAAUAAUACUAGUAGUAAUAGUAAUAUUGGUACAGCCUUUGUGAGGAGCGUUGCCUACAUUCUCACUAUAACUGAUCUAAUAAAAAAUAUAGGCUACAAUUUUCAAAAAUGAAGAAAUACAUUAUUUUCAUGGAAAGAACUAUAAAGGAUGAUGAGCUAAACAUAUUGCUUGGUUUGUAACACCAUAGAAAGCUGGUAAACAAAAACUUAACUUUCUUGCCUUAAAAUACAAACAUAAUAAAGCUAAUAUAGUACAUAAAUCAGAUUUCUAUGCUUUGGACAGAUGCAAAAUAUACAGAUUGUUAUACAAUUGCAGUAAAGAAUUAACAUAGCUGUUAGAAAUUAGUGGUGACUAGGUUUUCUAUUGGGGAUGUGUUAUCACAAACCAGUCCCGAUAUGAAGGAUUAGCUACUCUCAGAACUUUGAUUCCGUUGGACCAAAUUGAUCUGAUAUUUCCUCUAGAUUCCAUAAUAGAUAUUGUGAAUAUAUAUUGCUCUUGUUACAAUUUAUAGCUUUUAGGUUGAACAAAUUCAACUCAGGAAUGCUUUCAAUUCAGAUUAUUUCCAGUUCAUCUACUCUUAUCUUCUUAUGAGAAUGAUGAAUUGGAAUCCUGUUUAUAAGGCUUAUUCCAUAUACUUGAUUAUUUAUUAGGAAACUUUUUCCAUUUUCAGUGGCAAUAAUCAAAAGUCAUUGAAAAUUAUAUCAUUUUUUAGUAGAUUCAACAUUAGAUAAUAUCAAAUAGCCGUAACUUUGUUUUUAUUACCAAACUCUACCUCUAUGAGUAGUGUUUAUUUCUCAACUCCUGAUUUAGAAUACUGCUUUAGAAUAAUGGUUGGAAAUGUAUAAUUAUUAGAGCACGAUGACUUUAUUUGAAGGAAUGUUUGAAAACAUAUUUACUACGAUAUCAAAACCAUUUUCUUGAUGUUCGAAUUCCGUUCUAAACUCAACUAAACUCUUCUUCAAAAGCUUCAGAAGGGAGAGACGUGAACAACCAAUUUUAUACUAUUUAAAUUAACAGAGUAUUGCUUAUUUCUUCCAAACUCCCUUGGACACUCAUUUAGUAACCAAACAUUUCUAGCAUUAAUAUUUGACUUCUCAGUCAUUAUAUUAAAUAUAACAUCACACUUAACAUAAUUAAUGGUGGAAAUUUUAUCACUUGAAUAUUUGAUAAAAUUUAAAAUAAUAUUUUUGAUGGUCAACUUGUCGACCCCACUGUAUCCAGUACCGACUAUUCCAUUAAGUAGCCUAUCAUUCUUACUCUCCUCUUCCAGAUCCUUUCUAGGAACAACCAUGUUUAACUUCCUUUAGAUCCCUUCCAGUUUAUUUAAGAUGGAUUCCAACAUAUCAGUGUACGUUCCAGUACAGUGAAUAUAAUAUUUCUCCGAGUUCCAAUAGGACAUAUUCAUAUUCUUAAAAUGUAUGAAUUCAGGGCUACUUACAUGUAUUUAUAAAAUAGAAUUUUAAUACCCUUUGAAAUUAAUACAAUAAGAAUACAAAUUAUAACUACUAGUUUCGGUGAUCACACCAUCGUCAGGUUUUAAAAAUAAAUUUCAAAUUAAUGUUUACUAAUUCAUAUUCGCUCGGUCCUGCUGAGUGUCAAUAGUCCUAUUAGAACUUAUUGGAACAAUAACUACAUUGCACCGUUUCACUAUCACUGUUAUAAAGGAAUCUAGCUU